GAAAACCUUUAUUCUAGAUGGCUGGGACCACAACCAAGUGUUCAGGGACCUAGGUGUGGCCCCAAGUGUGCAGAGCAUGGGCCUAUACACUCAGCAGCUGCAGUGAGGGGCUUCAUGACGUAAUCAGUUGAAGCAAGCCAUUUCAACAGAAACGAAGAUGAGCAGUUAGCUAGCUGGAAGGGGUUCUGCACAAGUAGUUUUAACAAAGGCUAGGAUAUGUUAGCUAGGACAUCCUGACCUUUGGUUCCUAGACUAGAGUUAGGAAGCUUUCCAUGGGAUUCUCCAUCAAGAUUAGAUUCUAGUUAAACCUGAAAUGGCCUCAGUCAGAAGACAAGGUGGAGGGACACCUGCACAUGGGAUCUGGGUAGCAACUUGGGUCCUCAUGCUUGUUUGACAAGCACUUAUGGACAGUUCGAUCUCCACAACUUCAGAAUGCAGCUUUCAAUAACAAGAUAUAGUUACGCCACAGAGAACACGUUCUCAUAACCUUUUUCCUCUUCCUCCUCCAGUUUCCCAGUGGAAACACUGGGCAAACCUAAUGCAUGAAGAAAGAGGGUGCAGCAGUCUUCCUAGAGCCAGAGGUCGGAUGGAAGAAGGUGGGAAGAGGACACGCACACUACUUCUUAAAUUACGUUACUAUGCCUACAUGCUGGCAUCUGGUUCCUAAUUUCUCUUCCCCCCCCCCCAUAUUUUUAGUUUUCAAGGAGCAAUAUUAGUGGUUUGUUGACAGUUUUUUCUGAUACAAGAAAGAUUCUCUUCUAUAGAAAUAUAUAUACCAGCACUGCUGGAACUAAGUGGUGGGUUCCGACAAAAAUCACACUGUACAACAGGUCUCACAUGGGAGGUUUAUUAAAAGAGAUACAGAGGCUGCCUCUGGGGAGGGGGUGGGGGUGGAGGUGAGGAAGGGAAGAGGAGUUGGGGGAGGAGAAACAUGGCUUUUUAUCAGGGCUGUGGUGCAUGCGCACAAGGACUGCCCAUAGAGUCUGGAGGAGAUGGGAGUCACCUUCAUUUGUAUACUGACUGAUGGCCCCCCCAGACUCCAAUGAAGAACCACAUGGCUCCAAGCCCAUAGUCACAUAGAAGGCCCUGGUUAAACUCAGUGUAUCACAAAACAAAACAAAACAAAACAAAACAAAACAAAACAAAACAAAACAAAACAAAACAAAACGGCAAGAAUGUGGGAAAGGGAUUUGGGGCAGGGUAGGGAAUGGUGACAGGUGGACCGGAGCUAACAAGAGGCCAGGGAUGAGGGAUCAGAAUGUACUAUAUACACAUAGGAAAUUGUCAAAGAACAAGUUUAAUUACCCCUUUUUAAAAGAUAGAAAACUCUACUUAGCCCCACCUUUUAACCAAAAUAAAUUUGCAGAAGCUGGGAGAUUCCAAGCCAGCAAGCUCUGGUUUGGUUUGCUAGCAUUAGGUCAGAUUAGCACUGUAUUCCCCAAGCCUUAAAGAGUUAAAACCUUAAGCAAAGGAUUACGCUCCAAAUGGGAGCUAGCAGCUUCUGGAAAACCCAGCAGUAUAAAAGGAUUAACACUACGAUUCUGCAUGGUGGCUAAUUGCAUCCAUUUAAUGACUGCACUGGGGCUGAGCACAAUCCUGACAGUCUUGAGACCCUCCCAAAGUGUGGGCAGAACCAAGCAGCCCAGGGGAGAGCUGCAGAUCUGACCUCUUCCAUGACUGGGCCACUCACCCACUUUUUCCCCCUCCAAAUCAACCUGUGUUUCCCACCACAGCGCCAUUUUUUCUAGUAGCUACAACAAAGAAACUUUGUCCAGUUUGAAAAAGAUAAAAUAAAAUCCCUAUGUACUCAUUAAUUUUUCUAAGUCACAAUGCUUGGAAACACAGUUUUAAGUCAUUUCAUGGGAGUUUGAAGAGUUGCUCAAAAAAUAAAUGUGAUGAAAUGCCAGCAAAGUCCUUUCCAGGAGACUUUUGGGUAAACUGCAUAAAGUUGCUGUUAGGAUUUAAUGGGAUAAACAGGUGAAGUGCUCCACACAAGGCCUUGGACUUGGAAACUCUCAAGCUGCAGGCUUGUUAAAUGGCUUAAUCCAAGAAAUUACAUAGUCUUGGGAUGUGAUCAGUCUCCAGGCCUGUAGAGCCAGAAUGGUCACGGUCAAUUUCCCCAAUACAACUGCACUACAUGUAAAUAGUUAUUAAAGUCUAGUCCCCUGCACUCUUAUCCACUUGGGAAAACGUAAAGAACUGCAUUUGCUAUGAAAUUAGUCAUAGGUUUUUUUUUUUAAAGCCAGGCCUCUAAGACUUGUCUGAAUAUUAUUAAGAGAUUAACUUUACUUCAUGACUUCCCUUCAAUCUACACAUUGUACACUUAAUUAAAAUACUAGAGGAGGUAAUUAUUACUGUGCAGUUUAACUUCUGUGUCCCAUUCCUAAGCCAAAAGCUUCAAUACUCUACUUAGAUUUACAUAAACUUCAUGUUGGGGGGGGGGGGGGGCUAUGUGCUAUGAUUUACACCAAGCCAUUCUUUAACAUGGAUGAAGAACAAACAUCCCUAAAGGAAUGUUGUAGAUGUGUGAGAGUGAAGAACAGCUGCGAAAAUCUGACAAUGUUCAUCUUCUUCAGCCUUUUAAGACUGGAGUUUCUGCAGGUCGGUUUAGUCGGUUCUUCCAGCUUUUCUCGUCUCUUGUGGGAACCAAGAUGACCAUUCCAUUUCUGCCUGCUACUCUGGGUCACUGUUUCCCCUCCAAAGGCAGCUGCUCCACAGAGAGGCAACUGUCUUUCACAGAAUGGUAUGAGCUUGACCCAAAGAAGAAACCUGGGACACACAGAGGAAUGGCAAGGCUAAGUGAUGCUGUGUUGAAUCAUCCUACUGUGCUCCAUACUCCCUCCUAGGGGUGCCUAAGGCAAAGGCCAACUGGCAAGUAAAUUCAAAUUUCGUAAUACAAGGACUUAUCUCAGUAGCAGCAGGGCGAUCUCAACAGAUCUAACAAAUGACUUGAUAGAAGAGGGACAUGUAGGCUUAAGGUCUACCUGGUCUCAGAUGCACACCACCCAAAGCUAUCCUGGGAAUGGUAUGUAGAAUCUUGGGUUUUCACAUCUACAAGAGUCAUCUUUUUUUUUCCAAGAACAAUCAACUUUUGACUUAGCCUUUUAGUUUUCAACUUGCAAAACUUGCAAGAGUGCCUAGAUGUCUGGGACAAAUAAAUGUCCAGGGAGCAAAGCAAGGAAAAGAAAGGGGGGGGCACUGAAAACUCCUCAAAGAACAAUCAGUAUCUAUGAGGUGUGCCCAGAAUCUAAGGCAUCGUUUCUUCUUUUUUUGUUGUUUUGGGUUUUUUGUUUUGUUUUGUUUUUUUGUUUUUAGAGACAGGGUUUCUCUGUGUAGCCCUGGCUGUCCUGGAACUCACUUUGUAGACCAGGCUGGCCUCGAACUCAGAAAUCCACCUCCCUCUGCCUCCCGAGUGCUGGGAUUAAAGGCGUUAGCCACCACGCCCGGCUCUUCCUAGGUGAGGCCUGUCUGUCGUCCCUGGGUGGGCUCGAACCACUAACCUUUCGGUUAACAGCCACAGAGAUAGUAUCGUUUCUUCUAAAGAGGAAGCCAAUAAUGAGAAGGCCGUCACUCCGUGUCACAAACCUCAAAGCAACAUAAGAACUAAGAGACAGCCAUGAGUUGGCCUAAUGGUGAAAAACUCAUAAAGGAAAUGGCAUCUCCGAGUCUACAGCUGAGGAUGGUAAUUGAAGAGGCCAGCCACAGGGAAGAAAGCCAUUCCAGACUGGGGACCACAAGCAAGGUCCUCGUGGGGGAAAUGAGCAGUGUUUGGCUGAAAGUGAAAAGGAAAAAGGCCUGCUUGAAAUUGGGUUGUAGUCUAGGAAAUGCUAGCAUUUUCCAUUGGCUUAUAUAGUGUUGGUAUUUUGAUAUUUAGUAACAUUGGCCUCCAUAUUUUAAGGGGUAACUUGAAACACAGAAAAGCUGAGUGUCUUGCCCAAGGCCAUGUAAUUACUUUAUGAGAAUGCAGCUCUUGUUGAGCCCUGCCACCCUCCCCGCAGGGGGCAUGGGGUUGGCUGGACAGGGGCGAGCCAGGUUAGAGAAGACUUAAUCCAUCCCAGAAGCUCCAGCUCGCUGAAGAGGUGAUGACAGUGCUGCUUCCACGGCAUUAAUCAUGCCACGGUGAACAGACUGGAUCUCAAGGGACAUGGGGAGCCAAAAAAAAAAAAAAAUCAAUUAAGUAAGACUUCAGAAGAUGCUGAAAUCAUCCUGGGGAGAACAUUUGAGAGCCAGGUUUAGCGUAGUGGCAGCAAGAUAUGGUAAGAUUAGUGAGUUAUUGGUCGGUAGGAAAUGGAUGAGUUUUUCAAACACCAAGGGAAGCAAAUAUCGCUCACCGAAAAAUGGAUGGCACAUCUGUCAUGAAGUCAGCAGGCUCAAAACUCCUUCCUCACCCUGCUUCUCUCCCUGGCCAUUCUUCACCCUCUAGCCCUAUCCUUCCAGUGUGUGUGUGUGUGUGUGUAUGUGUCUGUCUGUCUGUCUAUCUGUAUGUGUGUGAGUGUGUCUGUAUAUAUGUUUUCAUGUGUACAUGUGUGUAUACAUGUGUGUGUACAUGUGUGUGUGUGUGUCUGUGUGUGUCUGUCUAUCUGUGUCUGUGUGUGUGUCUGUAUAUAUGUUUUUAUGUGUACAUGUGUGUGUACAUGUGUGUGUGUGUGUGUACAUGUGUGUGUGUCUGUAUGUGUGUUUUCAUGUGUACAUGUGCGUGUAUGUGUGCAUGUCUAUGAAGAUCAAGGUCAAAGUUAGGUAUCUUCCUUGCUGCCCACCAUAUUCUUGAGAGAAGGCUUCUCACGGAACCUAAAGUUUACCAAUAAACUGGGUGGCUGGUCAGCCAGCCUCAGGGGGCCGCUGGUCUCUGUCUACUUGCACUGGAAUUCCAGGGAGGGAUCGUCAUGCUCAGCUUUUUCACACAGGUUCUGAGGGGCUGAAUGAGCUCAGCAAGUACGAGCACUGUGGCACCUAAGCCAUCUCCCAUGGCUCAUGCCUUCAUAUUUUGCAGCCCUAAGUGGGUUAGGCUGUAAGAAACAGAAAUCAGUGAGAAUAACAAAAGCGUUCGCCAAGCUCUUCCGCUACGCCUGCCAUCUGCUAUCCUAAUGCGUUGUAUUUGUUAACUCAUGAGUCUCCCAAGAUGACACCACAGUUAGCAAAGUUAUAAUUCCUACUUUAGAGAGAGGAAACGAGGAUCAAGCUUCACAGUAAACAGUGAGUCCGACUCCAGAGGCCACCCACGGAAUCCCUACAGCAGCCUCCAGAGCCACCAGGCAGUUUCCAUCACAGUACAGACGAAGAAACUGGGAGGGGUGGGAGGAUCUAAGAUAAUGCAGAUUUAGGAUCACUGAAUUUUACACGUUGGUCAAUGAAGAGGCAUGGACCUUAGCAAUACCUUGUCACAAUGAGCUAUACAAGUCUCUCACACAACUCCCGGAAUCCUGCUCUGUACUCCCUUAGCACUCUGCCCAUCCCCUCCAAGGCAGCCUAGACUGUUCUAACAGUCUCCUGGAUCCUCCGUGGGCAUGUUGGUUUGCCUCUCCAGGGACACACUAUAUCCCUUGAGGAGCAGAAAUUAUAUCUUAGUCAUCUGUGUAAACCCAGGUCAUAUUAUAGGCGCUCAAUUAAACCUGUUGAAGAAAUGAAUAAAUUAAUGAAUAUGGGCGACUCGUUCCAACCAAACUGGUCCACUUCGAGUCUCCACCUGCUAAAACACCUGGGUAUUUUUUUCAGUCCUCACUUCCCAGAACAGCCCUCUCUCUGCUGUUGCACAUACUGAAGAUUCUAACCCAUGCUUCACAAGACUCAGCUCAAUUCCACUGUGCUGUGGAAUUCAGUCCAGUUGAUGAGUGACCUCAUCAACGUCAGUUCAAUGUCGUGGAAAACUAUCAUCUCUGUCGCUAUAGCAAAACCAGACUCUAGCACAACCAGUUCUGCGCCUCUGGGAUAAUUUCUAUAAAUUUCUAAGGUUUAGUGUUUUCCAGCUAUAAAAUUAGGCACAUAAUACCUAUUCUUAGAGAACUGGGGGGAGACUGAAAGUAAGCCAUCUGAAGACCACACAUGGGAGGGAAAUGUGGGCUCCACCCAGCCCCACACUCCUUUGCCAUUCAUGAACCACUUAAGUUGCGGGUCUUAGCAUUUCCCUUCUGUCAGACUGCAAUGACUUGGAGAGCUCCUUAAGGAAUGCCAUCCCCAUCUGGACGUCUCAUGACUUAUACACACAGCAACUCUGAGGGCAGAGGGAUUAGGAGGUUGGUUAUGACAACCACAUGCGAGAGAUGCCAGGGCUCAUGUCAGACACUCUCAUUGGCAUCUCUGUGAUCCCACUCAUGCCAAAGACUCGAUUCAGGCGGUGAGUGCAAAAAAAGACAAAGGUUUGCUCCGUGAAAUGGUGGAUAUCUCUUCCUACUAUUUUUAGUCCAAUCUUAAGGUAGAUUGAGGUUUUUAUGUUUUUCUCCAGCACAGAAAAUUAAAAGCUAACACUAAAGAAAACCUAGGAAAAACAAAACCCUAAACCCAUGGCGGCCAUCAGGAACACCGAGAGCGCUUUGCUUUCUCUUUUCGUCAAGUCCUGGGAGGGAGGCUUCACCUCUCUGAAGCAGCCAGGGUCUUCUUUCCCUCCUGUUAGCCUCCAUUUAUCGUACAUGUUAUCUUCACAACAAUCAAUUCCCACGCUCAGGGCUUUUUUGUUUCUUUCAGCUGCUGCCCUACUUGCAGGUUCUGACAGGUUGGAGGAGUGGAGGAGCUGCAGCCUGGCGGCAGGAACCCGCAGCUCACAAGCAGCGCCUCACCAAUACUGGCAGCCAAAUCCCCUUUCCCUGCAGAUUCCUGUAGCCCCCGUUCUAUGGAAUGUGCAGCUACAAACUUCAUUUGAAGAAGCAAUUACUAAUGGAACCCUGUCAAGUCCCUGGGUUUUCAAUAUUUUUCCCAUUUCCAUGCUCUUUCUGUUUUGCUUUUUCCCCAUGGGGAGAAGCAAGUGGUGAGAUCUGGAGCCUUAGUUCCUCUAACAGCAAAUCUACCAUGGGAGAGAAGGAAUAUGCAAGGUGGAAGAGUAGAAAGCUGACAAAUCUCAGACUCAAGCAGGCUUCCAACUGCGGUUCAGCCAGCUAGCAUUAGGAAAAAAUCACUCCAUUUCUUAGCUUCACCUUCCUGACAAAAUUGAGACUGUAACAGCUAGCCCUAUCAGUGCAUUGUUCUAGAGAUUUUUAAAUUGACCUAUCUCAAAAAAGCAUUACAUAAUUCUAAAACAUGUGUGAAUCUAUACAUAUAACUAUAUAUGUGAUAUAUUUUAACAAGAGCAAUGUCAUAGCCUAUGGGUAGUUAUAAAAUAAAUUUAUGUCAUGUAAAGUCCCAAUUAAAUACUUCCCUGGAUACUGUCCCACUGAAGUCUGAGCACAGUGUAUCCAAGGGAAAUAUGUUUUUCUUGUUUACUGAGAGGGGAAAUCUAGCUUGGAAACAGAAGUACAAGUCUGUCCUAAAAGUCCUGAACCAAGUGCCAGUCUGUAACCUAAAUUUAUGUAGCUACAAGAAAACUUUUCGUGCAAUAAACCUCUCUUUGUAAUCAGCCCGGAGCUUAAGGCACUUCAGGUUAGUUCCUCGGUUCUCGUGCUUAGAAUCCCUGCCCCAUGCUCUUCACAGGCACCCGUGCUUAGAAUCCCUGCCCCAUGCUCUUCACAGGCACCCGUGCUUAGAAUCCCUGCCCCAUGCUCUUCACAGGCACCCGAACCAUGAACUGAAAAGUAUGAAGCAGAAUAAGUUCAUGGUUUUGUCAAGAAUUUAAAGAUUCCAUAGUCAUUCCUGUGUACAGUUCCCUAAGCAAGAAAUAUGAAUAUACUCUCAAGAUACAUAUAUAUAAUCUCUUACGUAUACGUGAUAUAUCCCAUAUAUUAAUAUAUACUAUAUAUUAUAUGUACACAUAUAUAUUACAUAUACAUACAUAUAAUUUCCUAAAUCUUGCUUCUUAAAUGUGGCAAUUUCUUAACACUAAUAGUUCACCAUAUCCUAUUUUUUACUUACUUCAAGAUCCUUCUUACAGCUCAAUUUCAGCACACUUGCUACUUACUGCAAUUCGCAAAGCUAUCUAAAACAGGAAUUUGAAAAAUCCUUAUUUCAACUACAAUUUAUAAGCAAAGUUCUUUUACUUUUUGAACCUAGCAAGUACUAAGUACAAGCUAAAUUAACAUUAGAAAAUUAGAUUUUUAAUAGUUACUCAAUGAUCUUCAAAAGGUAAAAUGUACUCAUGUGAACUCCACCCAUUCUCAGUUUCAACAUAGCAAAUUUCCCAUCUGUACUCAGGGCAAAUUCAAAAGCAUUGAAAAGGUAUUGGUUAUUACUGAAGAUAAUUUAUGCAAUCAUAAGCCAAAGAUGCUAUGCUGGCAAAAAGAAAACCAUGCAAGUAAGCAAAGCCUAGCACCUGUGAGACACGCCCUCUCAGUAUAUAAAGGCUCGGCACUGUCCUUGGUAGCAGGCACUCCCUGGGCUACACUACACCACCAUGUCUGUUCUAUACAGCUCCAGCAGCAAGCAGUUCUCUUCCUCCCGCAGUGGAGGAGGAGGCGGUGGUGGAUCCGUCAGGGUUUCCAGCACCAGGGGCUCUCUUGGUGGAGGGUAUAGCUCAGGAGGCUUCAGCGGUGGCUCUUUUAGCCGUGGGAGCUCUGGGGGAGGUUGCUUUGGGGGCUCAUCAGGUGGUUACGGAGGUUUUGGAGGAGGAGGCAGCUUUGGGGGAGGCUAUGGAGGAAGCAGCUUUGGGGGAGGCUAUGGAGGUAGCAGUUUUGGGGGUGGCAGCUUCGGUGGAGGUGGCAGCUUCGGUGGAGGCAGCUUUGGUGGCGGUAGCUAUGGAGGAGGCUUUGGCGGUGGUGGAUUCGGAGGAGAUGGUGGCAGCCUUCUCUCCGGAAACGAGAAGGUGACCAUGCAGAACCUGAACGACCGCCUGGCCUCCUACAUGGACAAAGUCCGGGCUCUGGAAGAGUCAAACUACGAGCUGGAGGGUAAAAUCAAGGAGUGGUACGAGAAGCAUGGCAACUCAAGCCAGCGAGAGCCCCGGGACUACAGCAAAUACUACAAAACCAUCGAGGACCUUAAGGGGCAGAUCCUCACCCUGACAACUGACAAUGCCAACGUGCUGCUGCAGAUUGACAAUGCCCGCCUGGCAGCUGAUGACUUCAGGCUGAAAUACGAGAAUGAGGUGACCCUGCGCCAGAGCGUGGAGGCCGACAUCAAUGGCCUGCGCAGGGUACUGGAUGAGCUGACCCUUAGCAAGUCUGACCUGGAAAUGCAGAUCGAAAGUCUGAACGAAGAGCUGGCCUACCUAAAGAAGAACCACGAAGAGGAAAUGAGAGACCUUCAAAAUGUGUCCACUGGUGAUGUGAAUGUGGAAAUGAACGCUGCCCCAGGGGUUGACCUGACUCAGCUGCUGAACAACAUGAGAAACCAAUACGAACAACUUGCAGAAAAGAAUCGCAAGGAUGCUGAAGAGUGGUUCAAUCAGAAGAGCAAGGAACUCACCACAGAAAUCGACAGCAACAUUGAACAAAUGUCCAGCCAUAAGUCUGAAAUCACUGAAUUGAGACGUACUGUUCAGGGUCUGGAGAUUGAACUACAGUCCCAGCUGGCCCUGAAACAAUCGCUGGAAGCCUCCUUGGCAGAAACAGAAGGUCGCUACUGCGUGCAGCUCUCCCAGAUUCAAAGCCAGAUCUCCGCCCUGGAGGAACAGCUGCAACAGAUUCGGGCUGAGACCGAGUGCCAGAACGCCGAGUACCAACAACUCCUAGACAUCAAGACCCGACUGGAGAACGAGAUUCAGACCUACCGCAGCCUGCUAGAAGGAGAGGGAAGCUCCAGCGGUGGCGGCGGCGGACGCGGCGGCGGCAGCCACGGCGGUAGCUACGGCGGAAGCUCCGGUGGCGGAAGCUACGGCGGAAGUUCCGGCGGCGGCGGCAGCUACGGCGGAAGUUCCGGCGGCGGCGGCAGCUACGGCGGCGGAAGCUCCGGGGGCGGUAGCCACGGAGGCAGUUCCGGUGGCGGCUACGGCGGCGGAAGUUCCAGCGGUGGUGCUGGUGGUCACGGCGGCAGUUCCGGUGGCGGCUACGGCGGCGGAAGUUCCAGCGGAGGCCAGGGCGGAAGCGGAGGUUUCAAGUCUUCCGGUGGCGGCGACCAAUCAUCUAAAGGACCAAGGUCAGCUGAAACUAGCUGGGAUACUAACAAAACCAAAGUGAUCAGGACGAUUAUUGAGGAGGUGACACCUGAGGGUAGAGUCCUUUCGUCUAUGAUUGAAUCAGAAACCAAGAAACACUUCUAUUAAGCUGCAUAGAAGAGUCUCUUCAUACGGGCCACUGGACAGACGUGUGGAAAACAUAAAUGUCCAAGAAACACUUUUGUCUUAAUGGUCUGUGGAAAUAGGUUCACUCCUUGAAAUUAAGGUCUAAAAGGUGUUUUGUGGUUUCUGUAUUUCUUCUUUUCAUCUAUCAGAAAGUGUUCUUUUGUGGAGAAAAAAGAAGAAAACUUUCUCACUUACUUAUUAAUUUCUCAUUUACUAAUAAAUUUCAAUAAACUUUCUUACUGAUGCAAACUAUAAAAA